UUUUACUUGUCAAAUGUAGUUUGGCUUUGGCUUCCCAUAUCACAAAAAAUUUAUAAAGAAUAAAAUAUAAUUUAUUUCUAAAUUAUAUUUUAAAUAAAUCUCAUCCGAUGGCCAAUCGGACAGUAAAAGAGGCAAAAAAUGUCCACGGAACAAAUCCGCAAUAUUUAAUUGAAAAAAUCAUCCGUUCUCGCAUUUACGACUCGAAAUAUUGGAAAGAACAAUGUUUUGCUUUGACCGCCGAAUUGCUUGUGGACAAGGCAAUGGAACUACGAUUUGUUGGUGGAGUUUAUGGUGGCAACAUUAAGCCAACCCAAUUCCUCUGUUUAACACUGAAAAUGUUACAAAUCCAACCGGAGAAGGAUAUUGUUGUGGAAUUUAUUAAGAACGAAGAAUUCAAAUAUGUUCGUGCUUUGGGUGCUUUCUAUCUCCGACUGACUGGAUCUUCAAUGGAUUGUUAUAAAUAUUUGGAACCUCUUUACAAUGACAAUCGAAAGCUGAGACGACAAAAUCGUGGUGGUCAAUAUGAAAUUGUUUAUAUGGAUGAAUUCAUAGAUGAAUUGCUUAAAAGCGAUCGAGUUUGCGAUAUAAUUUUGCCGCGCAUUCAAAAACGUACUGUUUUGGAAGAGAAUAACGAAUUAGAGCCAAAAGUAUCUGCUCUCGAUGAAGACUUGGAUGACGAUGUGGCAAGUGAUGAAGAUGUUGUUCAAGAAAAGUACAAAGACACACCGAAAAAGAAGAAGAAGAAAGAGCGUUCAAGGUCUAGAUCGAGAUCAAGAUCAAAAGAAAAGAAAAAGACUCACACCGAAGUGAUUGACUAUGAACGAGAAUGCACGAGGUAUGAGAGGGAUCGGGAAAGAGAUCGCGGAGAUCGUGGAGAUCGCGAUCGAAGGCGGUAUGAUCGUGAGGAUCGUAGAGACGAUUGGCAUGGUGGAGGUGGGGCUGGAUUUGGCCGAGGGGAUGAUAGAUAUUCGGGAAGAGGAGAACGUGAAGGACGUUUUGUAAGUCACGAUGAGCGUGAUCGGCGCAGGGAUAAAGAUAGAGGUGAUCGGGAUCGAGACCGAAGAAGGUAUUAGAAAGAUAUCCCGGAAAAAAAUUUAUACAUUAUAAUGUAGUUUAACAUUUUAAUAAAAAUAAAUU